UGUGGCGUCUAAUGAGAUUCCCCUCAUUAAAGUCUUUAGUGUAGUAAUCUGGACCUGCACACACACGACCCGAGAUCUGCGCAGAGCGACAGCAGAUCCAGAAGAACAGGAAUAUUCUGAGUGUGCCGCUGUUAGUGGAGUUUCAUCGGCCCUGAGUGACUGGAGCGACACAGGUGGCUGUUACUGGAUAGAGUCGAGGGUCACUGAACAAUACAGUCUAUUUGAGUCUCUCCAUCUGUCCCCGUGUGUGUGAUUAAAGCACCGUCUGAUGAUGAUCCAGCCACACACACAGAUAGUGCUGCUAUAGAUCUGAUCGUAAGCGUCAUGGAGUCCGUGCUGAAGACGUCUCUGCUGGCUCCCAUAAAGACGCUCAAGUUCUGCGUGAGCGGAGAGAAGCAGCGGUCCAAGAGAGGGUCCAAAUGGCCCGGGUCAAAGGGCAGGACCGGUGCGCCGGACCCGCAUCUGCUGCGAUCCUAUCAGGCCGACCUGGAGAGAGAGAGGAAGCUGCGUGAAGCGAUGAAUGCUCAGAAGAACGCCGAGAGAGCUGCGAUCAGAGCACAUUUCAGGAGGAAAUACCAGCUGGCCAAGAAUGCCAAGGACGCGGAGCAGCUGCGUGCCGUGGGGGGGAGAGUGUGUCUCCCGCGAGAUCUGGCGAAGAUGGUUGUUCCCGAAGCCGCUGCUAAAGACGACAGCUUCGGACUUCUCAGCGCCUUCCAGAGCCUCAGCCUCAGCGCCGGGAUCUUCACGGGGAAACAGAGCCAAACGCCCGCGCCACGCACCGACACGGAGCCCUGCAGGGUCAUGUGACGCUCAAACACACCGCCGACGGACGCUUUCACACGCAGUGUGCCACUCAUCACUGAUGCUUUGUGUUGUUUUAUGAAUGCACAAGCAUGUCUCAGUCGCACAAUAACACCGCAGUGGGAGCUUUGACAUAGUUUUGUGUUUAUUACCUCAUAUGCUUCACACAAACAUCAGGAAACUCAUAUUUCUCUUACACUUUUUAUUUUAUUUUCAAUUUAUUUUAUCGGGAUUUGUGGGUUUAUAAUUGUUGUAAAAGUGUCACUUGUUUAUGUAGUUCUCUGAAAGAGAUCAUAUAGGCUUGGAUAGUUUUAUAUGAAGCUAAUUAUAAUGACAGCAGACUAACUACAAGAAAACUUG